CUCACCUCCUCUCCACCCCUCCUAUCUGCCGCUGCUGCCAGCCUCAGCCCCCCCAAAAAACACAGCGCUACGUCCGUGAGCAGUGGUGCCGCUGGUGUGGUGGCGUGUGCGCACAGAGACAGACGAGACGCGACUGUGCCCGGUUGUAUUCCUGGCGGUCCACGGUGGAUUUCCCCUGACCAGGACACACUACUGAGCGACAGCAGCGACCAUGGAAGAGCUUACGGCAUUCGUGUCGAAGUCGUUCGAUCAGAAAACCAAGGAGAGCACCAAAGAGAGUAUCACGUACAGGGAAGUUUUGGAGAGCGGCUUGAAUCGGGCGAGGGAGCUGGGCAGCCCGGAGACAAACCUGCAGGACAUAGCGGAGGGCACCCACUGCCCGGUGCAUCUGUUCAAGGACCACGUCGAGCUGGAGAAGGAGAAACUCAAGGACUUUAAUGUUUCCAGAGGGACAGAUGGGAUAUACGAGUGCAAGGAGAAGAAGGAGGACGUGAAGUCGGAGGACGAGGACGCGCAGGGCAAACUGAAGCAGCGGAGGAGUCGCACAAACUUCACCCUGGAGCAGCUGAACGAGCUGGAGCGGCUCUUCGACGAGACGCACUACCCGGACGCCUUCAUGAGAGAGGAGCUGAGUCAGCGGCUGGGGCUGUCCGAGGCCCGGGUGCAGGUCUGGUUUCAGAACAGAAGAGCAAAAUGUCGAAAACAAGAAAAUCAAAUGCACAAAGGUGUUAUUCUGGGCAGCGGCAGUCACCUGGACGCCUGCAGAGUAGCACCCUACGUCAACAUGGGCGCUCUCCGGAUGCCCUUCCAACAGACACACGGCCCGAGGCUCCGAUGCCGACUAAUUUUAUAUUUCGCUAUCCUGCAGGUCCAAGCCCAGCUCCAGUUGGACGGCGUCGCCCACUCACACCCCCACCUGCACCCUCACCUGGCCGCUCACGCUCCCUACCUGAUGUUCCCACCCCCUCCCUUCGGACUACCAAUCGCAUCUCUCGCCGAUUCAGCCUCUGCAGCGGCGGCAGUGGCGGCGGCUGCCAAAAGCAACAGCAAGAACUCGAGCAUCGCCGACCUGCGACUCAAGGCAAGAAAACACACCGAGGCUCUGGGACUCUGACCCCACCGGGCUGCCCCUCCGCUCGCCUGAUGCCCAUAAUCGCCUCUCACACAAGACUGGGCUUGUGAAGGGGCCGUGACACUCACAGCUAAAACUAAACUAAACAAAAACACUGAGUGAGAAUGAAAAGAGAGGAACACAUACAGAGAGGGGGGAGAGAGAGUAUGUGUGGGAGAGAGAGGGGGAGAACAGUGGAGGAGGAAAAUAAAAAGGAGGAGGGAGUGAGAAAAUUGUCACAAAACCAGCUGCCAAAACAAACCACUUGUAGAGAACGGUAAUUAAAUACCAAUGAAAUCACCUUUUACUUUUCGCCCCAACAGGCAGGACUUCUGCGGGGCCAGUGGCUCAGUCCACUCCAGGCACAGAUCACAUCCCAAGGACCGUACAAACACAUGUGGAUGUCUGUCUGAGGUUCGGGCCGGGGCCCGUCAGACCAGAGGACGUUAGAACAAAGCAAACUGGCAGGCAGCAGCAGGGCCAAAAGCAGAGCCUCGCUGACGCUGGCUGCCGCCAUGUUGACAAUGCAAACAGGUUGAGCAUGUGGGAAACAGACUCACACACCACCUCACCGAAGCAUUGGAACAGCUCUCACCUUUACAUCCCACCCCCCCCCCAACCCCCAUAGAAAAAUGAAGGAAAAAAAAACUUUAAAAAAGGCCAUAUUUGUCUCCAACCACUGUGUUCCAUGCUGCUGCCAAGUGCAUGAGCUCUAAUGGAGGACCAUUCUGGGACUGGCCUCCAUCCACACCUGACACACUCGCUCGACAACUGUUUUUAACACUGCCAUUCAACACGCCGGCAGCCCCCCCGCAUCUACAAAGUGAACGGUCUCCAUUACGGUUUGAUAUCCCUCUUCUUCUGGACUUGUGCUAUAGCAAAAAAAAGCAACAACUCCUUUUCCCUCGCCGCAGAGGGGAGAGACAUUUCCUCUGUGUCGCUGGGCAUGUGUCGGCGAGGUCCGGUUUGCUUUUCUCCUCACAAGCGUGCUCCCUCUGUCCUGAUUUCUUUCUGUUGAUUGUGUUGUAUCCUGGGUAAAGAAGUGAUGAUAUGCCUUUGCACUUCAGGUCUUGUAUGUGGGUGUUUACAAAUGGCACUUACAAGCAGAUACUACUUUACUAAUUAAAAAGGGGGAAGGGGAAUUUGAUAUCGUCAUGUGAUCAGCAAAACGGACAUUAUCUUGGACAAAGGGUAUAAAUGCGAGUUUUUUUCUUCUUUUCUUUGGAAUUCUGAAAAUAUGAAGAAAGCAUCAGUCUAACUGAAAUGCAAUGGUGUGCAGUUUAAGUGCAAUACUGUAAAUAGCAAAAAAAAUAAGAAAAAAUAAGUAAAAACAGCUAGCGAGUUAGCUCUCAACGAUAAAGAGACCCAAUGAUUUUCUGUUGCUUUCGGUGCACUGUUGGAGUUUUGAAUUUCCUUUGCCAAACACACCAGUCUCUUCUACGGCAGUGUAUAUUUUGUUGAGUUGAAGAAAAGUCACUCGAAAAACCAGGUGCCAUAUCCCGCCGACCCUCCUAUGUAUCCAAGCGGUUUUGUAUACAUCAGGUACAGUUGUCACUUGUUGAGGAAGACAUGAGCACAUUUUUUCUAAGCUGCAGAAAUAAGGGUUGAAUUAAAAAAUAAUGAUCUUCGCUCCUCUACUAACACGAGAGAAAAAUCCACUUACUGACAGAUUUUGGGGAAAAUGUUCAUACUAGAAUCAACAAAUCAGCAUUGUAAUCCAAAACCAAGCAGUUGUUUACAAUAUGAUUCGCUUAAUUCUGCAUGUUAUAUGUGACAUUUCAUCGUUUUGAUUUCCACCUAAUCCAGACUGUGUUUCACAAAUUCCUCCGGACAAAAAAUCGCGACGUGUGGAUUGUUUUUGAAAACUCAAAGAUUAUUUUGACAACCUUUUCAACGCUGCGGUCAGAGCAGGCGACACACGUGCAGCCCCGCUCGCGGCCUGCGUACCUCUAACAGUCUUCAAACCAACAAUCUCUCUGUUCACAGACCUCCAUUUAGAAUCGUUUAUCUAUGUCUCCAUUUUAAAUUAAACAUAUGGGUGUUUUAUUUAUUAUUUUUGUCAAAAAGGUUUAUGAAAGAUGAAAUAGUUGAACUACAAGUGUACAUUUUUACAUGGCUUUGCAUUUAUUUUUGUAUGUUUUUUUUGUUUUUUUUAAGUGUUUGAAUUAGGAGGUGUGGCUGUAGUGCAUUGUUUGCCUAAAAAAAAUGUAGCGUGUCCAAGUUUACAAACAUUUCAGGGAUGGUUGAAUUUAAUAAUACUCCAUGGAAUUUGUUGUACCCAUUUAAAUGAUUCAUCAUUUCAUAUGCAAGCAUGCCUAAACAUGAAUCAUCGUACAGUUUGUUUUUUCCCCCCGUUUGAUUCACAAAUUAUGAAUGUACAUCUUGUACAAGUAAACUAUCAAUAAAGUUAUAAAUAUUUGUA